UUUCUGAUAACAAUUUCCGCCAAACACGUGUUUAGAUUCGUAAAACAUUCAAGCAUAGACGUAGCUGUACUGUUCAUGUAACGGGAUCUCUGUGGCGUCAGUAUACAGAAACUGACACGCAGAUUAGCACAAAAGCUAAAAGUGAAAACCACAAAACUUCAUCAUGGAGGAGGACGUGGUCAUCCCUCCACCUCCAUUGUCGCCGCGUAGGCAAACCACCAAAAAAGAUAAACCGAAAAUUAACCGCAACAGUAGUCGAAGUGGGAACAGAGUGGACGUCAAUAAGAAGAAAAAACUGGAAGAUGACGAACAACAGGGGAGUUUAGCGAAAUGCGACGACGCCCCAACUACUAGCCUUUUUGAAUCCAACCCAAAUAUUACAGGUAACAUCUCCACAGACACGGUGCUAAAUAACAUCAAUGAACUAACCUCCGAAAAAAUCGGUAAGUUAAACGAAGCACAAACAACAACACUCAAGAAUAUCAAAGAAAAAAUUUUAAACGAAAUACUUAAUUUUGAUUUCCUCUUGGUUAAUCCUAACAGGAACCCUAAAGAAAAUACCAGCAUCAUCCAGGAGAUUAUCUCCACCAAUUCCAAAUAAACCAUCAUGGCACUCAAAAUGCUACAGUACAAUAUACAAAGCAUAAACAAAAUCGAAAAUAAAAACAUCUUAGAACUCUUUCUUGAAAACGAAAAAAUUGGCAUUGCUCUUCUAAUUGAAACCUGGGUCAGAGAUGAAACAAGUACCAAUCUUUGCAACUAUAAUUUCUAUGGAAAAAAAGAGAUGAUGGUUACGGUGGUGUAGGCAUCUAUAUUAAGCGCAGUUUUAAAUAUUCACUCAUUAAUUUUGACAAUGAACAUGAGGUAAUUGGCAUCUCUAUUAUGAAUAUCAAAAAUCCCUUCAAUAUUGUUGUUGUUUACAUACCUCCUAACUCAAAUAGAUCUAAUUAUAUAGACAUAAUUACUGAUGUUUUUCCGAAAAUCAAUUGUCUUAAACAUCCUACCUUACUUGUUGGUGAUUUCAACGCAAAAUCCAUCUCUUGGGAAAAUACCCACACUGAUCCUUUAGGUGAUGUACUUGCCAGACUUGCUGAUAUCAACAACUUCUAAUGUCUCAACACUGGUGAACCCACUUUUGUUUUAAAUAACACUCAUUCGGCCAUUGACAUCGCUUUUUCCAACAGUACUUUUUUCAACUUUUCUUGGUCAGUCAGACAUAGUAAAAUCACCAAUAGUAACCACCUACCUAUCAUCAUCGAAACCUGUAACAAAACAGCCAUCAAAAAUGGCAAAAUACAACACAAAGAGAACCUCUUCAACGAUAUCAGAAGUAUUAUUGUUGAGGACAACUUCCAACAAACCAAUAUCAAGAUAAACCAAGCCAUAUCUCGGAAUACAAUUGUGGUGGACUCAAAUAAUAAAUAUGUACCCAAACCAUGGUGGAACUCCCAAGUAAAUAAUCUCUAUAAUGAAAGAACUACACUCAGAGAAAUCUAUCAAAGAACCAAUUCAUUUACUGAUGCCUGUAAUUUAGCGAGAACUGAAAGGAAAUUUUACAAUCUCAUUGCCAAAUUAAAAAAGAAAAACUUUAAAAAGUUACAAAGCGACAUAUCUGGGAAUGUCCCCAUUAAAGAGGUAUGGUCUAAAAUGAAUAAUGUUAAAAAAUAUCAAAGAAUAAAGUCACCUAAUAAUAUUUGGAGUGACGAACAGAAUGAAAAAUUCUUAGAACACAUAACUAGCUCUUCACGUAUCUGUUCAAAACCAACCUCCGUUGGUCUUAUGUGUGCCCCCCAAAAAAUAUUUGAAGCCGCGCUCAAACCUUUAAUAUUAGAAUACAUAGAGAUCAAGAAAAUAGUUCCAAAAAGUUCUUAUGCCUUCUCAUUGGGUAAAUCCACCACAAACUGUAUUAACGACCUAGUUAUCACAAUUGAAAUUCACAAGCAAAACAAAAAUACUGUUGUUGGUGCAUGCAUUGACAUCGGGAAAGCUUUUGACAACACUGAUAUUGGUAAACUGGCUCUUUUUAAAUCUGGACUUAACACUCACAUCAUAAAAUGGAUCUAUGAUGGCAUGUCACAGAGAACAUUAUUACUGGGUAACAAAUCCAUAUCAGUUUGUAAUGGAAUUCCUCAAGGCAGCGGUUUGAGCCCCAUACUUUUC